AUGGCGUCCUCAUCAUCUGGGCAACCUGCAGGUGCAGGUACAGGUACACAGCCUUUUAGUUUCUAUGCGUACCUGCUCAAUAGAAAUUCAGAGGUAACUCCAGUUUCAUCUGAGGAGUUUGAACUUGCCCAGGCUGGUCUUGGCAAAAGACAUGUCACCAUGUCAAAAGAUAUGUGCCGUGAAGAGAUCUUUGGACUAUUUCAAAAUGAAUUUCCAAAGAUGCAGGGGCUGACAGGAGGAUGGCUGCUACACAAGGCUACAGGUGGCCAGGGCAAAAGAAAACUAAUAAUGAUCCCCCCGGAUUCUAAUGGUUACACUGGGACCCAAAUCCGCAAUGUUACAGGGUCAGGAAAAAUGACUCUCUAUAUUGUGCCUUUGCAACACCAGUUUGACCUGACUCCACUACCACCAGAUGCCAUUGAAUUUGAAGGCAUGCCAAAAGCCCAAUGCCAAACCUGCAAAGUAUCAUUUCCUUUCCAAAUUUUGGCCCUUCAUGUAAAGGAAUGCAUGGGGUCUCAAACUUCAGAAGAAGAUACUGAGGUCAAAGUGAGUCAGAGGUUCUGUGCCAUGGAACAAAGAAAUCUGAUGAAGAGAGAAAAGGCAGAGCUCAUAACUGAUGACACAAAUGGCAUGAACCAGGAGAAUGAAGAGGAGCUGAUCAAAAGUGUUGAUGAUGUCUUGGAAACCAUUUGUGGGAGAGUUGAUGCUGAGAAGCGCUUUACCAUUCAGAUCACCAGAACAAACCUCUUUGAAAGAGGUCUUCUGCAAUGGCAGCGACAGAAGAAGAACUCACCCACUUCUACUUUGGAAGUGACCUUCCUUGGAGAGGCUGGGGUAGACACAGGCGCCCUUCGAAAAGAAUUUCUCACUGAAAUGGUGGCUGGGAUUGAGCGUCGAUUCUUUGAGGGACUACAAAAUCAGAAGAGCCCACGGUACUCCCUGAAUGACUUUGACAAUGGUCUUUACAGGACUGUCGGAGAAAUUUUCGCAGUCAGUUUGGCACAAGGUGGCCCAGCCCCUACCUUUUUCAGUCCAUGGACUUACACUUACCUCAGUGGUGGGCAGACAAACCCCACAGUUCUCAACAGCGAUGCUGUGGCCGAUGUCCAGUUAAGAAAUUUAAUUGACCAGGUGACUGCAGAAUUUAUAAUGGCAUCUAUUUCUCCAGUACUGAGUGACAAAGGGACUACCAGGCGUCAGACUGAACUGGAGUUGGUAAACUACAUUCAAGACUUUCUUUAUGAAGGAGCUGAAGAUCAAGAGGAAAUAGAGCCAAGGCACGGCAUUACACCUUCCCGGUUUCUGCAGUGGAUCACAGGCCAAGGUCACAUCCCAAUUCUCCCUUCAGAAAAGAAGGAUUUUGCUGUGAUCGUCAAGUUUAACCAUGACUGUAGUGAAGAACAUGGCCUUCACAGGAUCUGUUAUCCUGUUAUCUCAGCAUGUGCCAAAACUAUUACACUACCUGUAAAGCACAUGAGAUGCUCUGAGAUCCUCCAUUGCCUGCUCAGAGAGGGGGCAUUCAACAGGAGGAAUAAUCACUCCAGAACUGCCUGCUUCCUCCAGCUCACUGGAAAUGUUGAGAAGAGGAUCCCCAUCUUCAAUAUUUUGUUCAGUCCUCAGUGGGUGAUUAUCCCAACCAAACCUGAAGACAUCAAGGUCCCUCUGCAGGCGUGGAAGAAAAACGUGCUGGGCACAGAAGAGGUGGAUGCUGUCAGAGGGAUCUAA